GUGGCACGGAAAAUCAAAACUUUGUUGACGGUGAACAUCUUGGUCUUCGUGGGCAUCAUCCUCUUCUCCGUCUACUGUAGGAUCCAGGACCGCUCCCAGGAGCUGGUGCAGAUCGUCCGGAGCGCGGACCGCCGGGCCAGGAGCCGCGGCGCCAAGGUGGGCAGCCUGGCUGACAGGGAGUCCAUCCUGCAGCGCCUGGACCACCUGGAGGAAGUGGUCUACAACCAGCUCAAUGGUCUCGCAAAGCCCAUGGGAUUAGUUGAAGGUCCAGGAGGCUUGGGCCAGGGGGGAAUGGCUGCUACCCUGAGAGAUGAUAGCCAUGAAUCAGAGACUAAGUAUGAAGAGUAUGGUUACAAUGCCCAACUCAGUGACAGGAUAUCACUGGACAGGUCCAUCCCUGACUACAGACCAAAAAAGUGCAAACAGAUGACCUACCCAGAUGACCUGCCACAGAUCUCUGUGGUCUUUAUAUUUGUGAACGAGGCGCUCUCUGUCAUCCUGCGCUCUGUGCACAGCGUUGUGAAUCACACUCCAUCGCACUUGCUCAAGGAGAUCAUUCUGGUGGAUGACAACAGUGACAAUGUUGAGCUAAAAUUUAAUCUGGACCAGUAUGUCAAUAAAAGGUACCCAGGUCUGGUGAAAAUAGUGCGCAAUAACAAACGAGAAGGACUGAUUCGAGCCAGAAUCCAAGGCUGGAAAGCAGCAACCUCUCCUGUCGUCGGGUUCUUUGAUGCUCACGUUGAGUUCAACAUUGGCUGGGUGGAACCUGCACUUACCCGGAUCAAAGAAGACCGAAAGCGGAUCAUCUUACCAGCAAUUGACAAUAUCAAGUACAACACUUUUGAAGUACAGCAAUACGCCAACGCAGCCCACGGCUACAACUGGGGCCUCUGGUGCAUGUACAUAAUCCCACCGCAGGACUGGCUCGAUAAAGGGGAUGAGUCAGCUCCCAUCAGGACACCAGCCAUGAUUGGAUGCUCGUUUGUAGUGGACCGAGAGUAUUUUGGUGAGAUUGGCUUGCUUGACCCUGGUAUGGAGGUCUACGGAGGAGAAAACAUUGAAUUAGGCAUGAGG